ACUGAACAGGAUUAGAAUUCCAACACGCUAAGUCCCACCGUCAUCUGCUCAUUAAAUAAAGAGCAAAAAUUGUCUGCUAAUGCUAUAUCUAUUAUCCAGUGUCCAUUAUCAUCCUAUUUGACCGUGACAAUCAUUCUUAUCAUCAUUUUCUCUUCAAUGGGUAGUAUAAAAUUCUAGUCUUUCCACUUUAGUUUAGCUGCAACAGCAAGCUGAGGUAAAUUUGCAACCAUGAAGGUCCAACAUUUUAGCUUUUUGUUUCUCUUCCUCGCUCUUUCUCUUUACAGGGUAUCAUCUCAGACACAGCGUGCAAGUUUCCCACCAAGAGGCUGGAAUUCUUAUGAUUCCUUUUGCUGGACCAUUUCUGAAGAAGAGUUUUUGCAAAAUGCCGAAAUCAUCUCUCAGCGUCUUAAGGCUCAUGGAUAUGAGUAUAUUGUGGUGGAUUACCUUUGGUAUAGGAGAAAGGUGCCUGGUGCUUACCCUGAUUCUCUUGGGUUCGAUGUAAUUGAUGAAUGGGGGAGGAUGAUGCCUGAUCCAGGUCGCUGGCCAUCUUCCAAAGGUGGGAAAGGGUUCACCGAAGUGGCCAAGAAAGUACACAGCAUGGGUCUGAAGUUUGGGAUUCAUGUUAUGAGAGGAAUAAGCACACAAGCAUAUAACGCAAACACCCCCAUCCUGGAUACUACUAAGGGUGGUGCUUAUCAUGAGUCUGGUCGACAAUGGAGGGCACAGGACAUAGGCAUCAAGGAGAGAGCGUGUGCCUGGAUGCAACAUGGAUUCAUGAGUGUAAAUACUAAGUUGGGAGCAGGAAGAGCCUUCUUGAGGUCACUUUAUGUACAAUAUGCUGAAUGGGGUGUUGAUUUUGUAAAACAUGAUUGUGUAUUUGGUGAUGACUUGGAUAUAGAAGAGAUUACACUUGUAUCAGAGGUUCUGAAAGAGCUUGAUCGCCCUAUCCUAUAUUCUUUGUCUCCUGGAACCAGUGUGACACCAACCAUGGCCAAAGAUGUAAGUAGGUUAGUCAACAUGUACAGGAUAACAGGGGAUGAUUGGGAUACUUGGGGAGAUGUAGCAUCUCAUUUUGACGUUUCAAGGGACUUCUCUGCUGCUAGCAUGAUUGGUUCUGAAGGCUUGUUGGGAAAUUCAUGGCCUGACUUAGAUAUGCUACCCUUGGGACGGCUUACUGAUCCAGGUUCUAACCAAGGUCCCCAUAGGACAUGUAACCUUAAUAUAGAUGAGCAGAAAACUCAGAUGACUUUGUGGGCAAUGGCCAAGUCUCCUCUUAUGUUUGGAGGAGAUGUUAGAACAAUUGAUGAGACCACCUAUAAUUUGAUCACUAAUCCUACCGUUUUAGAAAUAAAUUAUUUUAGCUCAAACAAUAGGGAGUUUCCUUAUGUUAGCAGCAGAUAUUAUUCUAAGAGAAAGGCUUUCACAAGACAAUCAAGAAGAUCUCCGAAAGAAGUGAGCACAUCACAUGCUCCUUUUUUGAGUCUUUCCAGCUGCAAAGAUCCCAAAGCAAGUGGUUGGUCAGUCAAAGCUUUUGACCAAGAUAUGGAACAGAUCUGUUGGAAGGAGAACUUGGGAAGCCAUCAACCUCUAUGCUUAUACAAGAGAAAAUCUCUUCUGACUUUGAAUAAAGGGACCAUUUAUGAGCAAAAGAACCUCCAUACAUUUGCUAGUGAUGGACUGGAGUUUUGCUUGGAUGCUUCUGCAAGGCAGAAGCUUACUUCAAAAGAAUUGAAGAGGGGUUCAUUUUCACCUUGCAGAUGGGAUUCCAACCAGAUAUGGGAGUUGAAAAAUAAUGGAGCUCUCAUCAGCAAUUAUUCUGGUCUCUGUGCUAAGGUCAAUCCAAUUAAAGCUAAAACUGUUCCCAAUGGAAUUCGCUCUUGGAUUGCAACUGGAAGAAAAGGAGAGAUAUACGUUGCUUUUUUCAAUCUGAACCCAGAGAAGACGGUAAUAUUUGCAAAGAUAUCAGACAUAGUGAAGGUAUUAUCUCCUAGGAAAAGCUGGAGACAAACUUCAUGUAAAUGCAGAGAAGUAUGGAGCGGAAAAGAUUUUGGAGAGACGACAUAUUCAAUAUCAAUAGCAGUAGAAAUGCAUGGUUGUGCGCUUUUUGUGCUUAACUGUCAUGCCGGUGAGAAAUGAGCAUGUGCAGAUUCAAUAAAACAGAAAUGAAGUACACAAUCUGUUGUAGCAAUAUGUAAGAAUUCAUAUGCUGAUAUAAGUUGGCAUAGCAUUGGGUAGUACUCGAAAAGAUUUAAAAUCUAAAAUCGAGACUUCUCGCUCUUUAUAUUAAUAAAAAAUUAACCAGAGCAAAGCUUAUUACCUAUCA